CCUAGACGCGACGCUACCACGAUAGUUUCUGCCCUCUCCAGCCGGCUUUGAUCAUGACUAACCUACUAACCACACGACAACGACAUGGCAUCCCAAGCCCCACGCGGCCAUGCGAGCGGCUUUGCAGGAACGAUCGGAUGGGGCAACAGACCGGCCCUUCUGCUUGUCGACGUCUGCAAUGCUUACUGGAGUGAGGAUAGCCCGCUCGACACCCGAUCAAACCCUGCUUCUGCGGCUGUGCCCGCAUCUAUCGCAAAACUCGUCCAUGCCGCCCGCCAGGGAAAAGUACCAUUGAUAUGGACCCGCGUUGAGUACAUGGAGCCUGACAUGGCGGACGCGGGGCUGUUUGCCUGCAAGGUCCCGUUGCUGCAUGUUUUCCAGCGGGGCAAGGAGACGGGCCUGGAGAGUUGGGUUCCGGGCCUGGAGCCUACUGCAGGGGAAGUCAUCGUAUCCAAACGCUACCCGUCAGCCUUCUUCGGAACUGACCUCUCUACACGACUCCAAAUCUCCCAUGUGGAUACUCUGGUCAUCUGCGGUGUCAGUACAAGUGGUUGUGUGCGUGCAACUACUCUGGACGCAAUGUGCCUAGGAUUCCGACCAAUGGUUGUUGGCGAGGCCUGUGGUGAUAGAUCACCUGCUGUCCACAAUGCAAAUAUCAUGGACAUGGGCGCCAAGAUGGCAGAUGUGGUUUCCGAGAAAGAGGCGAUUGAGAAGCUCAAAGCUGGGUGGUUGUAAAUUCAUUCAGCUGAGCUCGACCCGUCUGUCGUCUUGUCGCUUUCUACUCUCUCGUCUUGGACGUUUAUUUUAGGUUGAGAGAUUGGGCUUUUGGGCUGGUUUUUUGUGUCGCACCAUCUUCCACGGCGGGGCCAAGUCAGCAUUUAGCAUGUUUAGAGAAAUAGAGCAAAAUCUCAAAGGUACAAGAUGAAGCGCAGCCCAACCAGCUCACCAGACGCAGUGGCCUGACAUGGAGGAGGGAACCAGGCAUGCCCGAUGACC